AUGUUCGGCCCAUUUCCCUCGUGCCUCGUGGCGCCUGCGGAUGAGCCAUGCAGCCCUUCAAAGUCGCCUGGGCGCAGCAGUGUUCGACGUUCAUUGGACACUGCUGUUAAGAGCCCAGUGACUGAAGCUCAUCAUCCUGCGCCUGACCCGGGCCCGCCGCCCAUCACGCCCGGUAACGCGUUUUCCAUAAUUGCUCGACGCGAAUGGGAGAAAGGCAGAGUCCGUGGGAAGAGUUUUGGUAGUUCGGAACCAAGCAGCCCAACUGAGGAGCUUCAGCGUCCUGGCAUCUAUCGCAAGUCUUCAUACCUUGAUUAUGAUGAGGAGCUGGCGCUUCCCAUGCCCAAGCCACGACAUGAGAGAGCCGACACGCCGUCUCUGUCUACAGGGAAUGAGAAUGAGACCGGGAGACCUGGCCUGCUGAAAAAUCGCUCCGCAACCGAUCCGAUUUUCGUUAGCACCCCUUCUCACUCCGAGCCAUCAACCCCGGAUGAUGUCAAGAAGAGGUCCAAGCUGGAUCUCAUCAAGUCUAAACUGAGCUUCAAGGAUCUGCGCAAGGAGGCUUCCACAGAGGACACCAGCAAGAGCUUCAUCUCUCAUCCGAUGCCCCAGCUGCGUGACGUUCCAGCUCUGCCAUCUAGUGAGAGCUCCAAGAGAAGAUUUCGUCGUGCUGCCUCGCCUGGUGGCUUUUCGUCCAUGUCGCAGAGCAACUACAAUUUUAAGGCAAAGCUGAAACCUAUCGACCAAGGCAAAAUCUCUGGACCCGCAUUGCAAACCAACACUACGCCGAGUAAGAUACCGCUGCCUCCUUCGGGGGGCUUCACCAAUGCGCAUGGCAUCAUGGCUCCGUCCCGAAUUCCAAGCCGUCGGGUAUCCAGCACUGAGAGCCAGUCUUCGUCCCCUACUCAGGAUAGCAACAAGGACAAGUCAAACGCAGAGGACAAAACAGGAGCUAUUGCUCCCACUGGAAAGCGUCCGAAUCUUACUAUCUCGCGUACCAGUAUGGAUGUUGGCCAGAAGGUGCGCACCUCAUACGAGGCGCCCAACUAUCCUGUGACAAAGGACUCACCUCCCGUGCCUGGCGACCUUCUUGAGGGGUCGGGAAAGGUCAAGUAUCUGCCACGACACUGGGUCGAGCAAGACUCUGCUCCCUCGGUCCCACCCAAACCAGAUGGCCAUGCCCCAACUGCUUACGAAGAGAAUGAACCUCCCAUUACUGCUAUUCCUGAUUAUCUGCCGUCCUUCAAGGAACGUCUGGAAAAGGCUGACAUCCCUCUGGAGGGGCUUGUGUCCCCGAUCCGCAGUAUCCCCAUGCAAGUAGAUGACCUCGUUGACACGGUUCGCUCAAUCCAGAGACAGACUGAAACCGGCGUGAGCAACCUCACCAAGAAGCUGGACGAGCUCUCUAACUGGAUCGGCGAUCAGCUCCAAAAUCAGGUGGAUUCUAUCUCCGACUUGGCGCGCACCAAAGCCGAGUUGCACAGCAAGCAGUUUGAUAUUUCCAGGGAGAUGAUGAAAUUCCAGAUGGAUGUUCGUCUUGAGAUCGGUGUCAUGGAGCGAAGACUCAACAACUUCGAGAUGAAGGUUAUGGAUGAGGUGCAGGCCGAGAUUCGAGCUUUGGCUCGCUCGUAUGAGGAUCUGAAUCGCAAGACUGAGGCCCUUAUCACCAAGUUUUCGUCCGAUGAUCUUCACGAGUUCAUUGAAUGCCAACGCCGGAAGACCGAGGAGAUCCAGAAAGAAGUCGGCUAUUUGAAGGCUCAAGAUGACAAACUCAAGCUCGAUGAAACUCAGACAGAGCAAAUCAUUCGGUGCGUAAAAGCUCAGAUGGAGGCCGUCAAAGGCGCAUCCGCUGCCUACCCAAUUACCCCGACGAAGAUUGAGAUCUUGAACGAACUUUCCUCCAAGAAAACUGACCUGGCAACUCCGCUGAGCCAGAAGACGGACACCCCGACCACAUCGUUGGAUGUACACCGCUACAGUGAAUCGACCAUCCGCAGCACUCCACCUUUGGUCCGUGAUCUCGAUCGUGCUCUCCCCCUGCCACCUACCCCGGCUUCCAUUGAAAACUCACUUCUCACCCGUCCUCGAGCAUCCGCGGCGCAGGAGCCCAAGCCCACCGGUACGUUCCCACGAAGCUUGUCCAUGACCAAGAAAGGAUUUCUUACUGGUGUGAAAGAUGCAGUCUCUAGCGCCUCUGAGGUAAGAGAGAAACCAAUGGAGAAGAAGAGUUCUAGCGAAGGGAAGAAAUGGUCUGUCUUUGGAUUUCGCCGCCGCCGCGAUGGCCACGAGACCUCCACCACCAGCUCGGGCAAACACUCCCGCUCCUCCAUCCGCCGCCUUGAGGGUACCCUACUUCUCGAUGAUGGCAGAUCGCACUCGCGAACAUCGACUCCUACUCCGCCCAUUCCCGCUAUUCCGCGGGAUGUCUCCAAGUCUGUUCAGAAAGGCAACACGCUGAGCACCAUCCACCCAGCCCUUCGCGCCGCUACUAUCCAGAAUUCCAUGCACAAGGAUGAAGCGCUGUCUUCAAAGAGCUGCUUCAAGCCAAUCGUGCCUACCCAGCCUCGCUUCAGCUGUGAUAUCGGCUCUAACGGUUCUACCCGUGGCUCGAUCCCAUCCACCUGCACUCCCGCGACAUCCUUUGGCGAAGCCCAUUUUCAGCCUGGUUCUGACAACUUCCACUCCACCAUGCAGGAAAAGCAGUCCCUGAAGAAGAGUCACCACGCUGAGGAUAGCCUGAAGGUGCCGCUGCUUGGCGAUACUGACCAUGGCUGGGAUCGGGCGUCUCUGCGUGAGUCCCGAUCCAACGACACGCUGAACUAG